AAAGCCAGUUCUUCCACAUGUGAGCUCCGCAGACUCCAUUUCAGCUCUCUUCAUCUGUCUCCAAGACUUGGGCAGCGUGUUAAGCCGAAAACAUGUUUCUCGCAAAGGCUUUUUUGGACGGAGCCAAUCAGGGCCUUGGGGAAGCCCUUGGAGGUCUUCUUGGAGGCGGUGGUCUGCCAGGAGGGGGAGGAGGAAAUGUUAGAGGGCUAGUUGGGGGAAUUGUGAAUAUGAUCAGCGAGGCUGCAGCAGCUCAGUAUACCCCGGAACCGCCCCCCACCCAGCAGCAUUUCGCCAACGUGGAGGCCCACGAAAGCGAGGAAGUCCGGCGGUUUCGGCACCAAUUUGCACAGCUGGCGGGACCGGACAUGGAGGUGGGUGCCACCGACCUCAUGAACAUCCUCAACAAAAUCCUUUCCAAGCACAAGGACCUGAAGACCGACGGCUUCAGCCUGGACACCUGCCGGAGCAUCGUGUCCGUCAUGGACAACGACACGAACGGGAAGCUGGGCUUUGAGGAGUUCAAGUACCUGUGGAACAACCUGAAGAAGUGGCAGUGCGUGUACAAGCAGUUCGACCAGGACCAUGCCGGGUCCCUGAGAAGUUCCCAGCUGCGCGGGGCCCUGCAGGCAGCCGGCUUCCAGCUCCACGAGCAACUCUACCCGGUGAUCCUCCGCCGGUACACCGACGACGACGGCAGCAUGGAUUUUAACAACUUCAUCAGCUGCCUGGUCCGCCUGGACGCCAUGUUCCGUGCCUUCAGAUCCCUGGACAGGGAUGCCGAUGGGCAGAUUCAGGUGUCCAUCCAAGAGUGGCUGCAGCUGACCAUGUAUUCCUGAGCGGGCCACGAGGAGGCCAGCCCCGCCCUGGAGGCCUGGACGGCCGAAAGCCACGCCUGGCCGUCUGCAUCGCCGCUGAUAUACCCCGGCUCCCAUGGCUGUCGUCUCCCGGCCCCCUCUUCCCACACCCCCACCGACGUCUGGACUCGUGCCCGCUUUUUACUGCUUAAUUAAAACGGAGUUGCCAUGAGAA